UGCCAGCGGGACCUGGGGGAAGGCAGGGCAGCUUUCCCGGCUGGCAGGGAGUAUCCGCAGCUGAUAAGCCCCGGCCAGUCCUGCUGCCUGCCUCCCAGGGCGGGCUCUCCCGGCAGACCGGCGAUCGCGUUUUGAGGAGCUCGGUCGCCCCCCGAGAGCCCUGAAUGAGCCGGGUUGUAUGGACAACCUCGGAGGGGGAGCCGGGCUCUCCCCCUCUCCCGGCGCCCUGUCUCUGCUAGGUUUCGGCGACACGAGAUGGGAAGGAAGCUGGAUCUUUCCAAGCUGACCGAUGAAGAGGCCAAGCAUGUCUGGGAAGUCGUUCAACGGGACUUUGAUCUGCGGAAGAAAGAGGAAGAGCGGUUGGAGGAGCUGAAAUGCCAGAUUGACAAGGAGAGCAGCAAGAGAGAGUUCCUGACGAAUCAGUCUCACCUAAACGAAACCCACUGCGUCCACUGCCUCCAGCCCUUCAAGUUCCUGCUAAACAGCAAGCGACAGUGCCUGGACUGCCGUUUCUACACCUGCAAGAACUGCAGCCGCUACAACAAAAAGGAGCAAGGCUGGGUCUGCGACCCCUGCCGCUUAUCCAGGGUUGUGAAGAUUGGGUCCCUCGAGUGGUACUACGAGCACGUGCGGUCCCGUUUCAAGCGGUUUGGAAGUGCCAAAGUGCUGCAGUCACUCCACGGCAGGUUGCAGCCAGGUCUUCAUGACAGAGUCUACAGCCUGCCAGACAUUAAGAGUGAAUGCCAGCUCCCCACCAGCGGUGGGACUGGGGAUGACAGUGACAAUGAAGAUGAUGUCCUUCGUGGAGCUGAAGCAGAGUGCCACAGCAGAGUGAGCAUUUCAAUGCGCAAGACAAAGCGCCUGCUGUCUGUUCAUCCCUUUGAUUUUGAGCUGGACUCAGACUACUCUGCUCAGUCUCGCCGCCAGUCUGUGCAGCUUUCUCCAGCAGCCAGCAGCCCAGAUGGCUUCCAGGCCUUCCCAGAUUUCCCUGACUCCGCUGAAGACGCCUCCCAGAAGGAGUCCAUGAUCGCAGAGGCAGAUCUGGCAGCGGUCUUCCACCACAUCUUGCAGGAACAGGGACAGCACACGAGUCCUCCAGAGCGGGAGUUCAGCACAGAGGUUCGGCUCACGGUCAAUUCACGGAGAAGGAGCCUGGAAAGAAAUGCAAAACCUGGCAGCCCCUGGAACGAGCAGCCUCGGUCCCCCUACUCUGCAGAUAUGGACACCUCUGAUGAGGAUGCAAAGAGACCCCAGAAGUUCACUAGCUAUGCAUCCCAUUACGUGAAACGCCGGAACAGAGCCUCCUCCCAGGAAAAUGUCAGCCACUCUGGAAAUCAGAUUCACGAGCUCAACAAACGCAUGUCCACAAUCGAACGCAUGCUGAACCGCUUGGAGGAAAAAAUGCUGGUGCGCUCUGACGAGUCUCCAGCCCCAGAGUCCCAACUUGAUCCUGAUGCUGAGGAGGAGGAGUUGAAGAGGAAGCUGGAGGAGUUAGCCAGCAACAUCAGUGACAAAGGAGUCUCCUCUGAAGAAGAGGAGCGUGCGGAAAAGAAGAAGGGAGUAAAGAAACCAGAGAUGAGUUCCUCCAGUGAUGACGUGGCCAGCGAGGUUCAGAAGAGGUCAUCGGCUCAGGCUUUGAGCAACAUCACGGCCAAAGUACUGAGGGCCAUAAACGCCACGGAGAGAGCGGUCUAUGAGUCCUUGCAUGGAGAGAGCCAGGGCAAUGGGAACGGUGCCCUCCCCGGAGGGCAGCUUCCCAGCCUGAAAGACGGGAAAGAGGUGGCCGAAGCAUACCGUGAACUUGAAGAAAACGUGUACCUGACUGCUGGAAAGACAUACCAGCUUGAGAAGACCCUGGAAGAGCUUGAGGAAGGGGCUCAGCACGGCGGCACCACUGACUCGGAGCUGUCAGAGCUGGAGGACAGAGUGGCCUCGGCAGCCGCUCAGGUACAGCAGGCAGAGAGUGAGGUAUCGGACAUCGAAUCUCGAAUUGCGGCCCUGACAGCUGCAGGGCUGACAGUGAAGUCGGUGGAGAAGGCAAGGAAGAAAUCAAGUGCGCAGGGCUUUCGCCUCCAGUCUCCCAGGCCCGCCAGCAGCAGUCCAGGGGAGCAGAGCGCUGAGUCUCCGGAUGACGUUAAAGCGAUGUCGGGGCCCCAGGUGUUCAGGAGGAAGUUCAACAGUUCUCUUGAAAUCACAGGCAGCGACGACUCCUUUGACCGCAACUCCAUAUACCGCGGCUCUUUGACGCAGAGAAACCCCAACGGGAAGAACAGGAGGGUGGAGCGCCUCUUUGCGAAGCCUGUGAUGACCCACCUGCCCUGAGGAGAGGGGGCCUCUCCUGCCGCUGCAUUUCACUGAUGAUACAAGACCUCAGCGCAAAGCAUCACCUUCUUUCCCUCACCGCUUGCUCUUCCUUCUCCCGCUCCCUGCUCUACCUGAAACCCCGGACGGGAGGGAAGCAGGAGGUCUGGCCAAUGGGCCUUGCUGGGAGCUGCUGGGGAGAGGAGCAAGGCACUGAGGUUGGGCCACAAGGCCAGGUCACCUCACAGGAGGGUGCGUGCAUGAAUUUUUGGCUUUGGGCAGCUCUGUUCAGUAGCAGGCCAACGGAGGGGACUGGGGGGGGUCCCAAUACACCCCACUCCUUGUCCCUGAGUCACCAGCAGGGAGAUACAAUUCAACUGUUCAACUAGCACUUUUAAUGGUGACUGCUGGUGGUGACGCAGGGAUGAAGGGUCCUCUAGCAGAGCAGGACCCCAGAUGUCCCAGGCCUGGAUUCUCAUCCCAGCUCGGCCCCAAGUCCCUGCGUUGCCCCUUGAAGAAUCACUUCCCUCCUCUGAGCAGAGAAACAAGGGGCAAACAGCGCUGGCGAGCUCCCAGUGAGCAGUUUGCACAAAACCCUGUAUACAUACACUGAGGCUUAUUGCCGUUGUGCCUGGAGCAGCUGGGACAGCCUGGGGACAGAAGUGAGGCAAGGCUUGCAGGAAGAGGUAGCAGCCUUUCUAGACCAGCUUCAAGAAAAGCUCGAGGGCCUGUUGAGGUUCAGUCUAUUUUUCCAGCUCUUAAAGAUGGCCCCGCUGCCUAGAAGGUUGUAUUAACAAGUUUAAAAGCAAUUCAGCAAGCAGGGCUUAGGCGCUCCUCUGGGGACGUGUGGUGAGGCUUUCCUCCACCACUGCCAGGUGAGUCUGUGCCAUCUGCUGUCAGCCACCGCUCCGGCUGUUCCUCUGCAUUUGGACUAAAACACCUUAAUAAUGAAUGGUGAUGUGAAUUCUCGUGCAUGUAACACACACGUUUGGGUUUGGGAGUAGCAGAGACUCGUAACUGUAUAGGAAAGAGCCCUGCAGUCAUCUAAGAGCAGUCUUACACUCUGGAUGUUGUUUUCCAUUGUGGAUGGAACAAAACCAGUUUCUUGUUUAAAAAAGAACAAUUCUUCAUGACAUGAAGCUCGAAAGGGAAAAGAACCUUGUUCAUGCAGUAAGAUUGCCCCGUAUCGAGUCCAGACUGGUGACUGGGAGGAGGGGCGCACGUUGAGCUGAUCAGUCUUGUUUCAGAAACAGUCACUUCGAAAAGAGCACCCUUAAAGGGGUCCAGAGGAGCCUUCCCACUGCAACGGGUUGUCGCAGAGUUACUGGGCUCUGCAGGUUUUUUGACACUUCUCUUCUAAAACAUCAAUUCCCAUUACAAGCAACCCCAAGUUUGCAAAGUGGCGUUUUUCACCACCAAGCUGUAACUUGGGGUAGAGUUGAGCUCACUCUCCGGCUGCCUUGGAAGUUCCCACAAGGACAGGGCUGCGCCGGGACGGUGCAGGGCUGAGCCCGUUUUCGGGCGGUGAGCGCAAGCCACCGCAAUCGCACCUCUGGGGUUAGAAACACUCCCAGGGCCGGGGUCUCUGCCUGCCAUGUGUCUCGCUGGGACAUCAGGGGAGCUCCUUGGCCGGUGUGAGGGACCUCCACGAGGAUUUGGGGACCGCUGUGUGUUUGCUCCAGCUGAGAGCCUGGCCUGGCCUUUUGGUAUCAUGAUACAGUUCAACCUCCACCCUGGACCCACCUCUUGCUCUAGCUGUUUUCACCUGUAGCUCAGGUCCUUGCAUGCAGCCUGUCCGGCUCUUAUCCCCGCAAAGAAGUUCUCACGAGGAACCGCGGCAGUGUAAAAUAAGGCAUCGCUCUGGCCGUAGUUACCCACGUUGUUAUUUGCCUGCUUCCUGCCUCUUCUGCUGGUGUAGAAAUUAAAUACAUGUAUAUCUAAAUCAUGCAAUAAAGCCAGUUGUGCAGCCAGAACCUCCA